AUGAGUGCUGCUGUUCCUAAGUUUUUGUACUUGGUUCUACUUCUGUGGGGAACUUUUUGUGCUUCGAUGAGUGGUGUUACUCAUGGCAUGUAUGUUGAUGGUAGAAACUAUGCUGAUAAUUAUUGCUCGUAUACAAGUUGGAGGGGUUGCGGCAGUUUCUUUGGAAAAGGCGGUAGCGAUUCUAAGAACGAUGAACAAAAUGUACAAGUUGGUAGGGGUUAUGGACAAGGUGGAGGUGGUGGUGGUGGUGGUGGAGGUGAGGGUGGAGGUGUUGGUGAAACUGGUGUGGGCUAUGGUCAUGGUAGUGGAUUUGGUGCUGGGGUAAGCGUUGGGCACGAUGGAGGAGGAGGUGGAGGCGGCGGUGGAGGAGGAGGCGGAGGCGGCGGCGGUGGCUCAAGUCAUGGUGGAAUAGGUCAAGGUAGAGGGUUUGGUGCUGGCUUUGGUGUAGGCGGGGCUAAUGGAGGACAGGGGGGUGGGGGAGGAGGAGGUGGCGGUGAAGGGGAAGGAGUUGGAAAUGAAGGACAGGGACGUGGCAGUGGUUUUGGCUCAGGUGGAGGAGUGGGAGGCAUAGGAGGAGGUGGAGGCGGUGGAGGUGAAGGUGAAGGAAUUGGCAACCAAGGACAAGGUCAUGGUAGUGGUUUUGGUGAAGGGGGAGGAAUGGGAAACACGGGAGGGGGAGGUGGAGGUGGAGGGGGAGGUGGAGGUGAAGGUGGGGGAGUUGGCAAUGAAGGACAUGGUCACGGCAGUGGUUAUGGUGUAGGUGGAGGAGUGGGAGGCACAGGAAGCGGCAGUGGUGGUGGCGGAGGUGGAGGUGAAGGUGGAGGAGUUGGCAAUGGAGGGCAAAGUCAUAGUAGUGGGUUUGGUGAAGGUGGAGGAAUAGGAGGCAUAGGAGGAGGUGGCGGAGGAGGCGGGGGAGGUGGUGGUGGAGGUGAUGGUUUUGGUAAUGAAGGAGAAGGUCAUGGUAGUGGUUUUGGUGGAGGUGCAGGUGUGGGAGCAGUUGGCAUGGGAGAAGGGGGUGGUGGGGGUGGUGGAGGAGGAGGAGGUGGUGGUGGAAAUGGAGGUGAAGGGUAUGGAAGUGGUUUUGGCGCAGGUGUUGGUGGUGGUGUGAGUGGUAUGGGAGGAGGAGGUGGUGGUGGUGGUGGAAGUGGAGGUGGAGGUGGAGAUGGCAGUGAAGGGGAAGGUCAUGGGUAUGGUAGUGGUUACGGUGGCGGUACAGGGAAUGGCGGCAUGGAUGGAGGAGGAGGAGGAGGAGGAGGAGAGGGAGGGGGAAGUGGUGGUGGAGGUGGUAAUGAAGGGUAUGGUCAUGGUAGUGGGUUUGGAGGUGGCAUGGGCAUUGGUGGAGGUGGAGGCAGAGAAGGAGAUUAUAACAAAGGUUCAAGCAACGAUCAUGGUGUUAACAAUGGCUUUGGAAUUGGAUUUGGAAUGGGUAUGGGGUUUGGUUUCGGUACGGCAACAAGUGGAGCAAAGUUCACAACCCAACAACGUAACGUCAACCAUCCCUAGGAACUCCAAAAUUUAUCACUGCCCUUCACUCUCAUAUUUUCAUGCUUCAAACCAACCAUAUUCACAACUAUUUGUUAUUGUAUCUUAAGGAGGCUCCUUUUCAAAAGACUAUUGAUAAGUAUGUCGUCAAAUAUUACUCCUUAUGCUAUAAAAUGCAUGA